ACUUGGUGUGCUGAAAUAUUCAAAUUGAUAAAUAUUUUUUUCUUGGUGAAACAAACAAACAAACAAAAAAAUGUUGCAAGCAAUACCUGAAAAUUUUUAUGGCAAAUAUAAACUUGCUACAAGUGAAAAUUUUGAUAACUUUCUCAAAGAAAUUGGUGUUGGUCUUGUAAAACGUAAACUAGCCAACACAACAUAUCCAACGGUUGAAUUCAUAAAAGAUCAAAAUGAUAGUCUAAUUUUUAAAUCACAUACGGUUAUUAAAACAUCGGAAACUAAAUUUAAAUUGGGCGAAGAAUUCGAUGAAGACCGGCUUGAUGGUAAACGGGUCAAGUCUGUAGUCGAAUUUGUUGGAGGAAAUCAACUAAUUCAAACACAACGUGAUGGUGAUAUGGAAAUCAAAUAUAUUCGUGAAUUUAAUGGUGAACAAAUCAAAGUGACAUCGAUUGCCAAUGAUGUCAAAUGUCUUCGUGUAUAUCAACGAGUUGCUGAAUAGAAAAUAAAUGAUAACAUAACAUAACAUAUAUAUAUUUAUGACGACAAUCAUCAUCAUUAUAAAUACAUAGAGAGAAAAAUAUUUGGCCAUCCGUGUGAACACGUGCAAUAAUUUAUUACAAACAAACAAAACAAAACAUACACAUACACACAUAUUUCAAACUUGACAUAUAUGAUUUAUAAAUAUUCGAUUGAUGAUAAAUAAUAAAAACAGACGUUACGUUUAUUAUUAUUUUAUUACGUAA